AUGUCACUCCUUGGGAGGCGUGGAGCAGGACUGGCUGCCAGGGGACUGACACCAGCAUCACCAGCAAUUGCAGCCUAUGUACGGCCUUUUUCCGCCGUGAACCGCCCGCCGCCGAAGUACCCUGGUCAUGUCCCCUUGACUUUCCUCGAGCGUGGUGCUCUGGCUGUGGGCUCUGCGGUGGGAUCGCUUCUAAAUCCUCGAAGAGCUGAUCUCAUUGCAGCGUGCGGCGAGGCUACGGCAACCCCCUAUUUUAUAUACAGACUUCGCGAUGCGAUGUUAUCUGAUCCCACGGGCCGACGCAUUCUUCGGGACCGUCCGCGUAUAACCUCCGAGACCCUCCCGAUGUCCUACCUCCGCUCUCUGCCAGAGAACUCCGUGGGCCGGACUUACGCUACUUGGCUUGAUCGCGAGGGGGUUUCUCCCGACACUCGCAACAGCGUCAAGUACAUUGAUGACGAGGAAUGUGCAUAUGUCAUGCAGCGGUACCGGGAGUGCCACGACUUUUACCACGCGGUGACUGGGCUUCCUAUCUUCGUUGAGGGAGAGUUGGCGCUCAAGGCGUUUGAGUUUCUCAAUACGCUUAUCCCCAUGACUGGUCUCAGCAUCUUCGCAUUCGUGAGAUUGAAGCCUGCGGAACGGGAGAGGUUCUUCUCGCUCCAUCUACCAUGGGCAGUUCGCAGCGGGCUUGCGAGCAAGGAAUUGAUCAACGUCUAUUGGGAGGAAAUCUUGGAGAAGGAUGUUGAUGAAUUACGACGGGAGCUGCACAUUGAAAGGCCGCCCGAUUUACGGGAGAUUCGGAAGAUGAUGAGGCAACAACAGAAGCGGGAGAAGGAGAGGUUGGAGCAGCAAGCAUGA